AUGUUCUAUUUGGUUGAACCAAAUUUCAGCUCAAUCCACUUGGAUACCUUGUCACAAAUUAAAGUAGCCGAUAACAAUGAAGCAACCCCAUUCUUUCCACCAUCACCCUCAAGCCUUCAAUUGUCUGAGCAAUUCCGUUUUGAAGCUGCAUGGAUCAAAAGUAUCCACACUUCAAUUAGAGUGUGGAAAGAUGAAGGAAUAGCAUUCUUCUGGACCUGUAUUGGUGGAAAGAUUAAACUACCAGGAGAAGCCAAUGACUAUGCAGGAUAUACUUUAGUAUGCUUCUGGCUCGAUAACAAGAGCAGAAUUCAACAAUCUAGCUUACAAAAUCUACCAUUCCCUGCACCAGCUCAACCAAUUAACACCAGACAAUUAUAA